UGUACAUUCAAUGUAAAAUCAAUAGGGUAUACUGCGUAAUAAACUUCAAGGAUCUGGUAAACAUUUGUGUGUGAUUCAUUAAUUCUUUAAGGUUGUACAGACAAUUGGAAGAUAUAUAUUUUAAGGGAUUAUGAGGGAUAUGUACGUUAUGAGAUGUUAGCCUCACAGACCGAAAGUUAUAUGGAUACCAAUCCACUGGAUUUGUUGUUGUAUGCCUCAUCGGAGGGAGAUUUACAACAAGUUACGGAAAUCCUAGAGACGGGAAUUGAUGUGAAUAGUGUCAAUGAGAUAGGUCAGACGGCAUUACUGGCUGCCUCCAUAGCAAAUAAAACAGACACAUGCGCACUACUACUUCAAAAAGGCGCCAAACUAGAUCACAGUGACAUAGGUGGUUAUACGGCUCUGCACCUUACAACAGAUGCCGAUUUAACGAAAUUGCUUUUAUUCAACAUAAAUGAUGACAAAAAGAAGGAAUUUGUUAAUGCAAGGACAAAUGAUAAUAUAACGCCUUUGCACGAAGCUGCUAUUCGUGGCUCUCCCGGAAAGGUACUUGAACUUUUGUCGAACCACGCAGAUGUUAAUGCUGAAGAUGAAAAUAGAUCGACUCCUCUUCAUUAUGCAGUUGCUCGUUCUGGAACCAUAGAUACGUCGUUUAUGGAAGCUUUGAUUGAAUCUGGUGCAGACGUCAACAAACAAAAUGUAUCUGGGCAAACUCCUUUAGCAAUUGCAUGCAAGCAGCAUCAAUUUAUGCGCAAUGAAAUCACUGUACUGCUUAAAGCCGGCGCAGAUCCCCUUAUUCAAGCUAAUGACGGGAAUACUGCCCUUCAUGUUCUAUUCUUCGGGACAAACCUUUUCGAGCCUACAUUAACGGUCGAACUAGUAGAAGAAUUAGUCGAAUCGAACAAGAAAUGCUUAGAAACGGUGAACUUAUACGGCGAACUUCCACUUCAUGUAGCCCUAUCAAAACCGUUCAACGAGGAAAUUGCAUUGUUGCUUCUGAAGCACGACCCUGACAUGUCAAAUUCUAAAGACGAUUUAGGAAGGACGCUUUUACAUCUUGCCUGCGAAAAGGAUUAUCUACUCAUUAUAGACAAGUACAUUGAAAGCCCAACACUAGUUAAUGCAACUGAUUUCUUAGGCAGGUCUAUUUUGCAUUAUAGUUGCAUGUACUCUCAAAGUGGUGAGUCUGUCAAACGUAUUUUUGAAAGCCAAGCUUUUCAAAUCUGUGGCCUAACUGACCUUUUCGGAAUCACAGCCUACCAAUAUGCCGCAUCAAGAAAUUCUGAAGUUAUGAAUAAACUUAAGGUUCACUUCGAAGAUCAUAUAAAAACAACAGCCUGUGCUAGAUGUGUUGCAGGUAGAUCUAUCUGUAUUAUUUAUGAGAUGGGUCUAUUGGGAGAAAAGUCAGAAAAGCUUUCAUCGCUUUUGCCGCAAAUGGUGGUAGGAGGAAACAUCACCGUUCCGUCAAGUUUGCGUCCUUUGAAGAAUGCUGAGGACUAUGUGAGUCAGAUGUGGAGAGCAUGCGAGUCGCCAGUCAAGAAUUCAGCAAGCUUCGAAUUACAGAAAAGAAAGGUAGAAAAUUUUAUGAUUACUUUAAUCGGGGUAAUGAAAGAAUAUGAUGGCAGGUUUGAGGGAAAUCUUCGCAUGAGAGGCAGUGCGUAUGAGGGUACAAUAGCAGACGAAAGAGGAGAUUUUGAUUUCAUGCUUGACAUCGAUAAUCUGAGCUCAAUCUGUAGUGCAAAAGAAGGAAAUUCUGAUCCACCAGGAUUUGUCCGAGUUGCGUUAGACAUGGGAAAGGACCCGGGCAUCUAUAAAGAUUUCUUUGACAGCGAUGGAAUGCUUAGAAGCGAGAGGAUCCUGUCUAAGUUUUCUUUAGCAGUCAUGUAUGCACUGCACCAGCCGUCGUUGUGGCGGACUUGUGGGUUUGACUUUUUCCCGAAGCUUUGUAUUACCUGGAAAGAUAGACCUGCUCUGAGCAUUAAAUGCAGGAUGUUCCAUCAGGACAUGUUUUUCGCGACUUCAAUCGAUUUCCUGCCUGCAAUUCACUGCGAAGAAUGGUGGCCAGCGGGGUUUGACUGCAACGGUUUUCUAGAUCAACGCAUUCUGAAACUUGGUUGUCAACUGAUCCUUAAGCCCCCAGAUGUUCCUUAUUAUCAGCACGCAAAGUUCGGUAACCCGCGUCAAUAUUUGAAAAUGUCAUUCUCAGAAGCGGAAACCACGAUCUUCCAAAGAUCACAUGCAAAUAUCAAACAGGCAUUCAUUAUCGCGAAACUUUUUCUAGAUCGAAACAUAAAACUUCCAUGGAGAUUUAUCGAGCCUGAAAGUGACGAGGGACAUUUUCUGUACAAUUCGCAAAUAAAUGUUCAAACGAAAAACCUUCUCACGUCGUUCAUGUUGAAACAGAGCUUACUGAACGAGCUUAAAAAACGACAGUUCGCAUCAGACAGGGAAGGCGCUGAUUCAGUUCUCGUCUGGGUGCAAAGAAUUUACGCUGGACUGCACACGUCUUUGAAAGAGGGGUGUCUUCCGUCCAUCUUCCUUCCAAAUUUAAACUACAUGCACACAUUUCAACCAGAUAGCAGUAUUGAGAACAUGAGAAAUCUUGUGCUGCAGAUUAUUUACCACAGCUUACUCGAAGAGGAUAUGCCACUUGACAUUGAUCGAAAUGUAUCUUGGCACCGGGGUGCUACUGAAUUUUUACGAAGUAUGCAUUCCCGGUUUAGCUACCUUCACAAAAUACUGCAAAGUCCAGAGGAAUGGGAAUGAAUUCUCACAUUCUCACAAAGUGCUGGAAGAAGUUAGGAACGAAAAUAACAGUGAAGAAUGUAUAAUGCAUAGUGGAUUGUGCUGCCGCUACCUUUGUCUUAUAAAUGCAAGUUAGAAAAGUGUUCUACAAAAGGAUAUUUGAAGUACUCUGUCACAGAUUGAUCUAUUUGGCAAUUCGUGACUGAACGCAAUACUAUCGUUUCUCCUUCUUUAUUUAAAAGGAGUUGCGACAGUCUUCUGAUCAGCCCAUGUCAGGGUCUGUCUGUCUGUCUGUCUGUCAGACGCGGGAGCGAACGCCGGACCUCUUAUGCCCAAGAAAAGACAUAGAAUGCAUAUAUUCACGUUCAGAAAUGUAUUCUUUAGGUCUUUGGCCUAAAACAUGCGCCCUCUUAUGGCAAGCGGUUCGACGCAUAAUCCCAAGACACUAGGUUUCUCAUGAGAACCUAGGAUCUCAGAAUGAGAACCUAGGUUCUCGCUUGAAGAUUGCACAUGGCUUCCAGAACCUUGGUUUUCAAAUGAGAGCCUAGGUUUUCAUGAGAACCUAGGUUCUCAUGAGAAACUAGGUUUCUCAUGAGAACCUUUGUUCUCAUCUGAAAACCAAGGUUCUGGUAAGAAUCUAGGUUCUCAUGAAAAACCUAGUUUCUUGGGAUUAUGCGUCAAACUGCUUGCCAUAUCCGUGGUUUUCAUUUAGGAACCAUAGUUCUCAUGAGAACCUAGGAUUCCGGAAUUACGUGUCUUUAAUACUAAAUCCGUGGUUUUCAUUUGGGAACCAUAGGUUCUCAUGAGAACCGCGUCGGGCGGCGUAAACUCGUUUGGAAUACGAGUCACAUAUUUUUCAGGGCGCAGGAUCAAUGGGGUCCACAUAUGAUUACACACGGACUGGACAGAAUGACGCCGUUUAGAACUUUAUUUUUUCAGAUAUCUCAAGUUAUUGAAAUAUGUUUGCAAAGUCUUUACUACUCUUUAGUGCAUAAGUUUUUCUUGCAGUGUGGGCCGAUAUAUUAAGAUUGAAUAAUACAUUAUUACACAUUAUCAAUAAAGAUUAAACUGCCAUUUAUACCAUAAUGAUUGCUUAAUAUAUCACAUACAUACUUAAAAUAGAAACUGUACCGUACAGUCGUUUGAGGCCCAAACAAGGGAACUGAAUAUCUGAAACUCAUGAAUGCUGUAACAAUGAAUUAUGUAACGAUUGAUCUGAAUUUGUUUU